AUGGGGAAGUUAUCAAAGUUCUUUAGCAGGUUUUCAGCAGAUAAGUUCCCAAAAGAAAGUCAUGGUCGCCGUCUCAAUGAAGUCCGGGUCGAAGGCAGUUCAAAACAGGAACGUAAGGUGUCGCCGCCAUCAACGCCCCGUGGACCGCCAUCCGAGGGUGCAAUGAGGGCUGCUGACGCAGCACUUAGUCGCAUUGCGGCCCAGCAGAUUCCUUCAAAGACGGCUAUACAGCGUAGGGUUGAGGCUGAAAGCGCGCGCAUGAAGAAACAGAUGGAGGAGGCUGAGACCUUGGCCAGUCGUUUUACCAAAAAUGUGGUCACUCACGAUACUGGGGGUCCAUUGAAAAAGGUCACGUUCUCGUGUCCCAGCCUCCUAGGUGGCGAUGUUCGGGGCACUUAUGCCGAAGUGGAUGCCUUAAUUGAGGAAGCUCUUCUUGAUGAAUCCGAACGUGAUCCGGCAAGCGCCUACACUUUGCUCAUCAUUCGAAGCAUCGAGUCCAGCCAGUAUCCUAUCGGUGUCGACGCAAACGAUGCAUCCACACCAACCCUUCAGACUUUUCGGGAUAAACGAAAGCAUAAUUUUGCUACAAUUAUUCGAAAUUUGAUUGAGAACCCCGAAAAGGAGAAUUUCCGACGCCUGAGAUUAGGUAACAAGUCAAUAGCGGACCUUCUAGAGCUUAAGUUUGCGAUCAAGUUCUUUGAGACCUGUGGGUUUGUGCAAAGAGAACAGGCAAUCACCCCAGAGGAGGAUGCAAGAACAGAGAAAUAUUUAGUCUUCCCAGCACCACCGACUGAAGAGCAGUUACACCACUUAAAAAGUAUGCUUAAUCUCCUUGAGUCUGGUGAGCUCAUUGUACCAAAGGUUAACCGCGAUACAACUGUUAUUAAGGUGACUGAAAGCAAGUUUCGCGACUUGGCCAAAGAGGAAUUGCCAGCGGAGUUCUUCCUUGUUUCACCCGAUGAUCUGCGACGGUGGAAUGACGAACUGCAGCGCAUGGAGGAGGAAAAAGUUCUCCUCACAAAGGCUAUGCGGGAGCGCCUUAAGUCUCGCGACCGCCGCCUGUACCGCUAUACCCUUAUCCGCGUCCGCCUCCCUCAUGACGACAUCGUGCUUCAGGGCACGUUUCUAUCGACGGAGACGGUUAAUGAUGUCCGGCUUUGGAUAAGCAGUUGUCUUGCUGAUCAGCACCUUGAGUACAGUCUGUGGGCACCACCGGGGCAAAUUUCUUCAAUCACAGGUGGUGGUGGGAAUCGCCCAGCUACUGCGCGAGUAUUAUUGGACACCUACGAGCCUACUACGAGUCUCGUAGAUCUGGGCCUGGCUCCCAGUGCCAUACUUACCCUUGCGGUGAAAUCGAUGGCUGUACAACCAACAACAAUCAGACUCCUACCGGAGUUGGAGCAUCAGGCUAUCUCCCUGCAAUAG